UGACACGCUGCCCGCGCACGGGCUCUACCAGGCUUCGUAGGGCUUGCAAGCUUCACGGCGUAACGCUGAUCCCUAGGCAAACACGCUGCCAAAUAGACUCUGUGCUCUGUAGCUGUUUUUGAGCACGUGCGACACUUUCUGACACGCGUUCUUAAGUCUAGCCACAACCGAUUGAUUAUCUCUUCACGAGGCUAUCGCGCGCUUCUACGCUUGCGGCGCGCACGUGCUCGCGAGAAGCCUAAGCGACUCUACGAGCUAACAUCGGUUUCACUGCCGUUACGCGUGCUACUGGUCAAAAGUAGAGAACCGUUUCAUUUUCUACGCAUAUAUUAUACCUUGCACAUUAUAGUACGUCUUCGAUCAAUUUUCCAUUUACACGUUCCAUUUCUGAUAUAAUAAGAAACUGCGUCGUUUCUUCUAUCCAGUUCCUUUCACAAAAGGUUAAUAGGAGAUGGAUCAGAUUUCCUCGUAGAUCUUUGUUUUUAACAUACUAAUUAUACAAUUUUAAUGAGCAAUAAACUCAAGUUGCUUGUAGUACUUUGUGCUGCUCCAAUACUCUUCGGUAGUGUUACUAAUAUAGUAACAAGAGCUUUCUGCGACUGUUUACGAGACCGUCGAAAUUAGUGGGCGUGGAUGGUUUUCUAGAUAGCAGCAGAUACAGUGUACAUGCUACUAUGUGACAUGUAUUUGCCAGUCAUUAAUAAACUGCUAACAAGAUAAUGAACUAGGACGUUUGAAAUUUUUAAAUUCCUGUGAAAAAAGGUAGAGUUCAACGACUCGACAGAGCUAACGUUAAUCCAUUUAUGUUACACCGAACUCGAGAAACCUGUAUGUUUCCUAAGACAUUUUUCUCCCGCUUAAAUAUUGUUAUGGAAGUGUUAUUCUAUCGUCGAUUUUCUGCAUAACACGUUGUUCCACAUUUUCGAAUGAUUUCGUCUCGCAUAGAAUCCACCCCUUUCCGCUCGUAUUAUCGGUUACACGACACCCCUUACGUGUCCACAUUUUAAUUGCUUGUUUUUUUUCCUCUCUCUCGGCGCUCCAAAAAGCCAGCGAUGUGUAAUAUAGCCUUUUGUGCGCCACGAGGCUUCUGUGUGCGCGCGUAAAGCGCGACGACGUACGCGUCAAAGCCGGCAGUGAAUCUCCGCGGGCCGCAGAGCGCGGACGUUACACCGCGCGAAUACGCUUCAAAACAGAGUACGAUAACGUGGAGCUUUGCAAGCUUCUUUUUUCUCUCCUGCUUGCACCGUUCGUGCUUCUUGACUAUUGAUUCGUCGGCGGUCUCGCUAAAAUAGUCGUCGCGAAAAACGCUUUAAAACCAAAGCAUUCUUCGAGAAUCGUUCUGUCUUGUGACUCUGUUAUCCGCGUUUUUCAUUUCACGCUGGAAUGCUUGUCGUGAAAACGCUUUAGAACCAAGUAUACUUCAUGACUCUAUUACCUAUUCAAGUUGUUCCUUGUGUCUCUAGUUUCUCCUAUAUAUAUCUGCCUAGUUUAUUCUUGUACGAGUAUGUUACUUGGUUAUCGAUACUGAAACGUACAGGCGUUCUUGUCGCGUGGUUUCGCCGUAUUUUUACCGAGAUCGAUACGAACUUUCGAUCGAGCGAGCGAUGACAAUCCAAGUGAAGCGUGUAGGUUAUAGAAAGAUCGAUGAAUGAAAAUGUCCAGCAAAGUGAAUUUUUAUCAUCCUCGAAUUUGGACAAUGCAUUUUUUAAUAUCAAGAAAGUUUGUUAGAUCGAACCGUUGAACUGCGAGCACCGAAUUGUUAUUCCGUACUUUCUUUUUUAAUUAGAAGUCGCUUCUCGGAACGCAGACAGCAGAUGGAAAUAUGGUUUCCAUUUAUGGAAAUUCAUACACGCUGUUUCGAUGUAAGCUCUCGUAUUCGUUGCAAUUAAUCAACGAUCUAAUUGCCAGACGAAUCCCGCGUUUCGUUUCAUCGAAAGCUUUCGAGCGCAUCCACUGGAAAGUCGCGUGGCUUUUCUAAUGACAGUUCUCGGCUCGAGAAAACGAACCAGUCGAUGCAACAAACUCUAUACGGUUGUGAUUGUACAUUUCUCGAAUGGAACGGAACCCGUUUCUUUACGCUCUUCUAGCCCGCGAAAUACGAUUCUCCGCGUUUACAAAAGGCUCGAAAACGCGUUAUUCCAACGUCGAUGUAAGGUGAUCGCUUGAAGAGAUUUUUCUAAGUAAAGCGCGGAACGUGUCUAUCUUUUUCGAUCUUAUAAACCUUCUGAACAUUCGAAACGAUUAUCUAAAUGCUUGUUCGAGCAGAGUUAUUGUCCUCCUAAUCAUAAUUGACCGUUGCGCAAUCGCCGCUUGAAACUAACCGUUCAACAACGUAAUACGUCAUGAUAGAGAAAAUUCAUCUUUAUUAAGGCUGUUCGUAUGUAGGGAAUUGUGGCCGAUUUACAGUUUGACCCGAGCGAAACCACACAAACGGGCACGAGAAGUGCAGAAACUGCGAACAGGGAGAAAAAGCUUCUAAGCGCUGGUAACAGCAAACACGUUACCUUUCAAAGCAUCCAGUGCUAACAAACUAUUUCUGUACGAAACUGUGCAUAACGUGAAAGUUUUGAUACUCAAAAUCAUAUCUAUAUAUUUGUAGACAUUUUUUCGAUACAUUUAUUCUGUAAUGAUGUUUUGACGAAUCGCGCGCGCGGAGUGAGUAGAUCGAAUCAAAAUAAAAUUGCGAGAUUUAGAAAAAUUCCAUCGAGUAGAUACUCGAAGAGGAAAUGUGUCCCGAUUCCAGCGAUACGAAUGAACGUGGUUCGUAAAGAGCUCGCGAGGAAGAAGCGACGAUCGCACGUGCUCCGAUGUAUCGAUCAAAGAUACGUGAUAGCCGGUAUGUACGAACGCGUGUGCCAAACGCUUUGAAGAAUCAACCGUUAUGAUGUGCCACGGUAGCGAGAGGAACUUUAGCAGAAGUAGCUCAAGAAGAUUCCACGACUAUUUUAAGAACGACCACGAAGUUCGUGAUUCGUGUGAGAAAACUGGAAUUCGACGCGACGCGAAACGUGUACCUUUUGAUAAUCGAUAGCUUGACGGAAGAAACGUAAUUUUUAUACUAUUUUUACGAGAACCGAGUAUAAUCGCGCGUGAAAUAAAAACAGUGAUGGAGGGAAGGCCGAAAAUCGAAAUCGUCCGCGUGCCUUCGAGCGAGCGCGCCAACUUCCGGUCCCUGGACGGUGUGCGCAGCGGUCACAUUCGCGUGGGCACGUGCUGCCCGGAACCGGAAGUCAAAAUGGUAGUUUGCGACGGCAAGCCGCCAAUAGAACAGACACGGAAAUUUAAAAGAAAUCUGGGACCAGUCUCGAAAUUGCUGAGACGUCGACAUCACGCGACAUAUCUUGCGACAAAAUCCUGUGAUAACAUUUAUAGCGUGAAUAGAAGUAGCGGCUCCUUAGACUGGAGAGUUAGUCAGACAGUGAACGAGCAAGGCCUUCAAUCUCGACAAAGCGGUAGCCUGGAUUGGAGGGUAGGAAGAUCCAUCAACAGGCUGCAUUGGAGAGACACGACUCGCAGCGCGGAGCAACUUUCAAGAAGCGGAGCGAUCAGCUCUGAUCAUCUGCAAACUCCUAGCACAAAGUCGAAACUUAUUUCAUUGCUACGACGACUUUCUCCUCGACUGUCCCGACCAGGAAGCAAAAGUUCCUUGCAAUCUUCGCCGACGAUCUGUCCAUGGGUACAAGUCGAGUACUCUUCAGAGUCGAUCAACGAUGGUUUACGCGAGGAUUCGCAAGAAAGCGACGCCAGUUUCCAGAGAGAAUUACAGUUGAACGAACUGAAGAAACGAAUGGCUGGGAUUCCUAUCAAUUCUCAGGUGACGGCGAAGGUCGUUAAGGAUGGCAAGGAACGACAAGGCUGCUCGCAGCCCAGGAUACAAGUGCAACAACCCGAUAACGAGCAUAGUAACGUCAUCAAAUCUGUGCACGAGGACCGCGGGGACGAGGAUCGUCGACGAGCUAGCGGACAAACACGCGGCAUCGGCGGCGAGGUAGCGGGCUUGGAGGACGUUGCCGAUUGCUGCGCCGCGACGCUGACGCCGUCGGUCCCCGGCGCCGGCGGCAUCAGGUCGAAUCGCCGCAUAAGGCCAGUCUCCCUUGCGGUUCAACCCCUUAAUUACCGUCGUCUCGAUCCGGAUCCAAAAAUCGCAACCAACGUGGUCGCCAGGCAUCAUCCUAACAUGACUAGCCAGGAGAGCAUCGGCAGCUGCAGUUUGGACGUCGACCAGUCCGCGUCCGACCGAUCAGAGAACACUGUAGAUAACAUCUCGAAGAAGACGUUGCACAGUUUGAACUUAUCUUGCAACGGUGACUCUGCGUCCACGCCAGAGAAUUUAACGAACGGCAGCAGCGAGACGCUGCAAAAGUCCCAUCUGACCCCGGAUGACAAGUUGAACGUUAGCAAUGGUCAUCGAAGUAGCCCAGAACCAGAACAGCUGACAGUGAAGAAACCGAGUUACUUGGGCCUGGCUUGUAGCAUCAGCGGCUAUUCGGGGAUCAACAGAUACGACAGCAAGUUGAGGGAAGGGUUUCGAUCGAGGGAUAGUAGCCCCGGGACCAGGCUGAUCACCAGAGACACCAGUCCGGCAGGUUUUAGAUCAAACGAGCACCUGAACGUGCCAGCGCAUCCUUAUCCUCCUAAGAGUCAAUCGAUCUCGCCUUUAGCGAUGGACAGGCAAAACGGUUUCUCGAACGGGUUGAAGGAGGAGUGCAAAAUGGAGACGUACAGGGAGUCGAGAAGUUCGAUCAGCAUAUGUCAAGGUUACUCCGAAGUCGACAAGGGCGUGAUGCACACGACGUUCGCCGAAGUCAGCCCGAUUCGAUCCAACACCCCGACUAAACGUACCCCUGGGAUAUCGCAGAUCAUGUCCUGUAGUCAGCAAAAUAAAUCCUUCUCGCGUUUCUCGGCUUCGUCGCCGAAACAAGCUACUGCUAAUCUAUCGAACACCUCGUUCAGCGAUACGAGCAUAUUAAACGGCUCGACGGCGGAUGUAGAGAAUCAGGUAUUGAACGUCAGUUCGAGUAGCGAGAAAUCGUUCAUUCAGCAACGAGUGGAACGGCUCUACGGUCCUGGAGCACUUGCCCAGGGUUUCUUUUAUAAGCGUAGCACCAGUAGACUGAACACCAGCGAGAGUAGUUUCAACAAAUCCGCCAAUAACAACGAUGCGUCGACGGACAAUGCGAACACGGAAGAGUCCCUUAAGAAUCUACCGGUGUUGAGACACUUGAGGCCCGAAUUUCGUGCUCAGCUUCCCGUGGUCAGCCCCAGAAGACCCACCGACGGCUCCGAACAAAUUCUAAAACCUCUUCAAAGGGUAACACCGGUGUCGCGGAAGAUUGAGCAGAAACCAAAAAUACCAGCGGCUUCGAACUUAGACGGAAAUAUCGCGGAGAGCGGAGCACAGAAGCUUAAUUCUAGCGUGACCAGCAUCCCCGACCAGCAGCCGGCUGCACCAAAAGUAGUCUUACCUGUCUUGGAACCGAGCGCUAGCUCGACGAACGUGGCGAAACAGGUUCAGGAGGCGGAGAAAACGGUCGAGGAGAAAAAUGGACAUUACUUUAUGAAGCUGUUGAAACAGGAGACAGACAGGCUUCUGUCGUUGGCUGCGUCAGCGGAAGCGGAGUUGGCCAGUGGCGAUACCGUUGCACUUCCGGAAGAGGCAGCCGGAAAACUGCGCUCGGCUGCGGGCAAAGCCAGGUUACUGGCUUCCCAGAAGAUGCAACAGUUCGAGGGAUUGUGUCAGAAAAAUAUUAAUCAGGUUCCUGGCGAAGAAUUUCCAACGACGGAUGAAGAUCUGGCCGGUUUUUGGGACAUGGUAAUGCUGCAGGUGGUCCAAGUAAACGAGCUGUUCGAUCAAAUUGAAAAGUUACGAAAUUCCCAGUGGCAAGAGACCGUGCCAGAGAAGAAGACAUUAGCCGCCGCUCCGCAAAACGGUAGCGCGACAAAACGUCGUGUCACGCCCGUUCACAAAGUAAAAUCCACGGCUAACAGCGAGGCAAAUAAAAAGGCUAGAGAAGCGCGAGAACAGGCUCGAAGGCAACUAAUCGAGGAAAGAAGGCGAGCGAUGCGCUCGAAGGCGCAAAAUUCCGAGAAUACCGUAAAGAUCUUCGCCCCAGACACGUAACGAUAAAAAAAAGAAUACGAACGACUGGCAGGGAAUCAAAUGCCUCGAGCCAAAUCAAAGCACGAUAUCGUUAACGCAUUUCUUUUUCUCAAACGGCUCAAGUUUCGAGCAGUCUGGUGCAUAAUUAACCGAAAGCUUUUAAGAACCGGUCGAGUUCGAUCGGAGACGCUCAUCGUAUUGCCGUAUCGUAAUUUUACGACGAUUAUAAAAUAAAAUACUCGUGUUGGUGAAACAGAACGGACGCGAUUUCGCCCACGGUUUUUCGCGUCUCGUCGCGCGAAGAUUACGCGUCAGAUCGUGUCGUAGGAAGUUGAUUAUAAACAAUCGCAAAUUAUGCUUCGACCGUGAUCAAAGUCGCUUUAAUAACGUUGAUAGAGCGAACAAUUUUGCCUACAACGAAGCAAUAACAUGAUCGGAGCAAAGUUUUUUUUAGCAAUUUACAAUUUUAUUAAGACAUACGUUCUCCUGUUUCUACGCACUCUUCGUUUCCCUUCGAUUUAUACACGCUGUGAUGUUUCGUGCUAAUCUUGUUACGUUUUAUAUCGAUUUACGGUGUCGUUCGAUUUCUACGAUAUUUAAUGAUUUCAAUUUAGUUUGGGCAUUCUCAAACUCGCGUUUCGCCUUUCAUUUUACAAGUUACGACGAGUUUCGAUGUUUCAAUUCGAAUAUUUGACAAAAGGGUAAAUUUAUCGGAGGGCGAGAUAGUUGGAAUAGUUCGGCUAUGUUUUCGUGGUAAAAAAGUGGCUUAGAGACUGCCUUUUGUCUAUAGAAACUUGGUUUUUUCUUUUCAAUCAGAAGUUACUCGUCUGAAGCUAUCAAAUCGUAUUUCUAUAUCGUAUUUUAACGAGUAACUUAUAUUUAUACGAUAACGUAUUGUAUAGAGAAUUAAUUGCGGGAGAGUAUUAAAUCAACAGGACGAUAGAGGAAUCUAUGUUCAAGAACAUUAGUCUCGCGUUAGAAACUUAAAAAAGAGAAUGAACCGCCUGGAUCCAAAGAGAACGCGCAGAUUUUUGUUUCGCUUUUUGCUCGAAUCAGGCAACAAUUGUUUUGCGUAGCUGAUUUUAGACACGUAUGUAUAUAAUUUUUAAUGAAAUUACACACGAUCGAUCGUGCUCGCCUAACAGUUCCACUGAAGAGACGUCGACGAAGAAUCGAGAUCGGAAAAGGAUCGUGAGUCGCGGGUCAAACCAGAAUGAUUCCUAUUACUUUUAUUACUCGUAUUGUUUCUGAUAACGCCUAAUUAUUAUUAAUCUUUUAAUAUCCCGAACGUAUUAUUUUUAUCGUAUUAACACAGCUCACACGAUCGCGCGAGGAAUAUCGUGACCGCGGAUCGGUUAUCGCGAGACACGUUUGUCGAUACUGACAUUCCGGUAGAAAGAAGACGGUCUCGAAGGCACCCCGAUAUCUUUUCGUAAUUCUCACUUAAGUUUAAGGUGUAUUCGAUAGAUAGGCAGGUAUAAUUAGAGCUCGUCCAACCAAAUAACACGCGCUACCUAAUUAAGUAACUCUCGAGUGCGCCGAAUAUCGCGUUUUUUCACGAUACGUAUGCUGGCGAUGGAUUCUUUUUAUUACGUGCCCGUUCAGAUCGAAGCAAAUAAAAAGAAAAAAGAAUAAGAGACGAUUCACGAAGCGUCGUUUCGCUCGCGAGUACGCUGAAGCACGCGCAUCUGGCCGCGUUAUUUAUUGACUGUUGAUUCCCUUGGUGCCUUGAUUAUUUAUACGUGUGUACAUACAUAAAUCGACUGACAACCACGACGCUUGGACGCUUGAUUAUCGCGUCGUGUCACUCUUUGUCGCAUGGGUCACACUCGAAUCAUCGACGAACGUUUCUACUGGUACUGUGAUACUACUUCCAUUCUGGAAACCGAUUCAUUUUUGCCACGUUCGUUAACGAAUGAUUUGUCGCUCGAUCAAAAUCAGCAAAUAAUUAGAUUCUUAAAAAUAUUACCGAUUAAUAUGCAGUUCAUCGCGUAUGGAUGAAUCAUCGAUAAAAAGUUGGUCCAUGAUUCCGGUGUAGCCCUAGGCGGACUAAUCGAAAAACAAAUGUCGAUAAAUGAGAAUAAAAUGAAGACACGUUACGAGCUUUCGAUAAUCAAUUCAAUUAAAUAAUUUGGCUGCUCGGAUGAUAGGUAUACAGAUGAAACGAGAAAUUUGAUCAGUUUUGUUCUCAUUUAUCAGUUUCUGCCUAAAUAGGUUCGAUCGAUUUAGAUUCGUAGCGAGUUAACGUGCGCGAGUAGUAAUUAAUGUCUUUUUUUAUAAUUAUUUUAACGAAGAAAACGUGUGACUGUACAUAAGGGUGAAAGAACAAUGUAUGGCUGUAAUCGUGUAAUUUUGCAGAGAUCGUGAGACAUGUAAUGUACGUGUAUGUUGGCCAGCAAACACACAGUCCACGUAUCGUAAUUUAAUUUGACGUACUUUGUCCUUUCUUCGUGCUAAGUUAAUGUACUUUCUCACCUGUAUAUUUCGCGUCCAGGUGCUCGCCUUAAUCCCACACGUAGUAAUUUAUAUUCAGAACAGUGUCCCCUUAGCAUCCGUACCGCCUUAACGACACCUUUUUCGAGAAUUCGAUCCAAAGCAGCGUAUUACGAGGGUGAUCGGCGCGAACCACGAUCGUGUUUCAAUCCUUCGAAACAUUUAUCGCACUGUUUUGUUGUUAUUUUAAGAAGCGAACGAUAAGUUUUUUACGUUGUAUAGGAGAGGAGAUCACAGCUGCCCAGGGACGGCAGGAAGCGCAAAUUUUUUACUUAUCCUUCGAACAAACACAUUACACAGUUACGAUUAUUUAUUUAUUAGACAUUAGUAAGCUGUCCAUACACUUGUUCUCAGUGAAUUAAUAAAAAAUGAAGAAAACCA